AUCAGUGACAUCGACGGACAGUACAAUUCAAUUAAUACUGUCCUGUUUACCGCUAAGCAGUCGGUUGAGUCAGUGCCGAUUUUCUUCGGAAACGGUUUCUGACUUGCAUUCCGAAGUGUGGGUGUUGAGUCAGAAACAACAAUCGGUCGGAUUCCUAUUUCGCUGAUCGAAAAUCCAGCCCCGUGCCCGCGCCAAAGUACAUGCACAUGUAAUUCGACCAGAUUUUCUUGACCCAAAUUACUCGCCGAACACCGCCGGAGUCGGAGGGAUGGGUGGCCUGUUUGCAUUCAAACCAACAAACGCACCGAUGAUGAUGUCAGCGCGGCAAAGGAAUCGCUAUUUUUAAUCUUGCGCGCGUCUUCCGAAUAACUCUACCCGGUGCCGAUUGCUGGUGAUGGUGGUUGGUCCGGUUGAGGAGUCGGCAGGAGUUUACAGGGUCGACCCGACGCGGUGGCGGCCAUCCCAUCCCUUAUGCGAUGGAUGCGAGUAAAGAAUCGAAUAAUAAAUUUCCUAACCUUGGUGGGUGGUGUCGAGCUGCUUUCUCCCCCCUCCCUGAACGGGCGGGAGUGGUCUUCGGGAAAAUUGCUACGUUUGAACAAAGAAGUGUCAUUUCAAACUGAAUUGACAAAUGUUGGCGUCGUGUUUGUUGAAUAAACACAUUUUACAAUUCCAUCCAAGCAACCUUGCAAAACAAAUCUGGCGAUGUGCAGUGAGGUAUGAGUUAUUUUUGAAAGAUAGUUUUCACCACUUCACCCAGUGCAUCUCGUAACUCACCUCAAACCUUACUAGUUUGCCAGCUGAACUGUCAAGAUGUCGCACGCAGUCGUCAUAACACGGACAACAACCACCACCACGAGUACCUCGAAUGUCAUUCUCAACACUGGCUAUCUGAGAACGACACCCGGCCUACUGAAGCUUGCUCAAUUGAUCAUUGGCGCCAUCAAUGUGGGAUUGGUCGCGUGGCAUCUCCGUCGUUAUCACUCCGUCUAUGCCAGCGGAAAUCCCGAACUUUUCUUCCUGUUGAUGGCCGUGGCCUUCCUGAUCGGUACGUUCUGCCUAUUGGUGUCCUGUUUGGUGUCACUCAGCACCGGUGGAAUCAUUUCCAAAACCAUCUACGAACUGGUCUACCACACCAUUGCCUUCCUGCUGUAUCUGAUAGCGUCCAUCAUUCUGCUGGUUGAUGUCACCAACGGAAGAUACUACUCGAAUCUCAAGGAUGCCUACAUGGCUGCUUCCAUCAUGGGAAUAAUCGUGUCAGCACUUUAUCUGUUCAGUGCCUUGUUGGCUCAGCGAUCCUACCGAGGAAUCUAAAACACUGGUGUUCAAAACCAAACUGCAGUAAUUUUCGAAGUCAUUUACUAUCCGUCUUUUAAGAGUCCUAGCAACAAUACCCACAAACUAUACUGUCUAAAAAUUACGUUUAGGUGUUUCAUGGCUACAAAACUAAAAGGAAAAUCAGUGCCUCCAGCAGCUUGUGUAAUGAAACAAUACAAAAAAAGCUUUUUCAAAUUUCAGGAGUUAUGUUUUAAGGGAAAAUCUGAUUACGUUUUACAUUAGAAGCACAUUACAUUUUAACUGCCAGUGAAGUGAAGUCACGCUCACGACGAACAUCACUCGAAACAGAACCUCGUUAGGCAACAACUGCAUAAGGAACAAUAACAAUCAAAUUAGUUCGCACAAUUGUAACCCUUAGAUUGGAGAUUUGAUUUUUUUAUAUAUAUAUCUAUAUAUUACUGUAAGAAAUAAAUGUUUUUUCUUCCCUGUCGCCAGAUGGGUGGAUUGUCGAGAA